UUCCCAGAAGGAAUGCAGAUGGCAAUAUUUGGCAUGGGAUGCUUCUGGGGAGCAGAACAACUGUUCUGGAACAUUCCAGGGGUCUUUUCCACCCAGGUGGGCUUCUCUGGAGGCAACACUGCCAGUCCCACCUAUGAAGGUGUCUGCACAGGGAUGACCGGACAUGCUGAGGUAGUCAGAGUGGUGUUUGACCCACAGAAGAUCGCCUAUGAGGACCUUCUGAAACUUUUCUGGGAGAACCAUGAUCCAACCCAAGGCAUGAAACAACAUGAAGACGUUGGCACACAGUAUCGGUCCGUCAUCUACACCAUUGGCGCAGAACAGCUGGAAUCUGCUCUGAGAUCAAAGGAAAAAUACCAACAGGAAUUGUCUAAGAAGCAGCUGGGACCAAUAACCACAGAGAUCCUGGAGGCCAAGGAGUUCUACUGUGCUGAAGAUUAUCACCAGCAAUACCUGCACAAGAACCAGAGUGCCUGUUCCAGCCUGAGAGGCACUGGAGUUCCCUACCCCUCUGGCAAAUGAGCUCCCCCAAAGGAGUGCUCUUGGGAGCCAUGGUAAUCAUAACCCUUGAGCAGUUUCCAUGGAAACCAGAGCAGCC